CACUGUUUUUUCAGGAAUAUCUGAAUAUAGUUCUCUGAUUCAGAUAUUGUAUUUUACAAACUGUUCAAUAUCAGAAUAUCUGUGUAUAGAAUGGCUUCGGCCAGUAGCUCAACUUCUGUUUUGUCUGAUGAUUCGUCGAAUCAAGAUCCGAAUACAGCGCGAUCCAGUAGCUCAAAUUCUGUUUUGUCAGAUGUUUCGUUGAAUCAAGAUCCGAAUACAGCGCAAUCUAGAGGAUUGAAGCAACCAUCAAAAUUACCAACUCCGUGUCCUCAGUCUUCUAGACUGAAGCGCACUGCAGUGCCCAAAAUAAAGGUGAAGAAAUCAUUAGAAGGUCCAGGCGGGAAAAAAGUAAAGGUUGAAAAUGAAGAACAAGAAAAUAAGACACGCAAUCCUUUACUUACAAGGGUUACGAAAAAAAAAGCUAGGAGAAGUAUACAAAAAGCAAGACAAGUUACAUCCACUGCUGCUAAGAGGCAUGCUGCUGGUAUUGGCUCAUCACGUGCUCCCGCAGUCAAACCAACACUUCGUCCUUCUGCUCGUCCUGCAUCCAGUACAGCAGCAACCACAAGUACAAGCUCUGAGCCUGGAAGUAAAAAAGUGAAAAGAUCAGCAUGGGAUUAUAAAGGACAAUUGGAAGAUAUGAAAGAGCUCCUGGCCAAAGAAAAAGAAACAUCGGCUAUACAGAAAGAGAAAGCAUUACAGACAGAAGAUAUUCUUCGUAGAUUGGAGGCCCUGGAAGGCGAAAGAAAAGUAAUUGCUGUCGAAAAUUCAAAUUUAUCGGGAGAUAUUCAACAACGUGAUAAUGAAAUUGCAAGUUUGAGAAGUGAAAUAUCAAGACUGAAUGAUGAUCACAAAAGAGCUAUUCGUGCUUUGAGAUUAGAUUUAGAGGAUUCCCGCCGUGAUUUACGUAAAGUACGAGAUGAAAGAGAUGAACUUGAUCUUCAGCUUCGUGCUUCUAAGAAGGAAAAUUGUGAACUUGAGAAGAAGAAUGAAACUAUCAAAUCUGAAUUCAAUGCAUUACAGGAGGAGCAUAACAAAUUGUCUAAGGAAAAUGCAGAAAAUGUUGAAACUAUACAACGACAGACGGAUGAAUUGCAAGGCAAUGAAAUCGACAGAAAAAGACUUUUAAAUGAAGUUCAAGAACUGAAGGGAAACAUCAGAGUCUUCUGCAGAGUACGACCAAAUAUAAAAGAUGAAGAUCCACCUCAACAUAUUAAUUACGAAGGUCAAGCUGGAAAGUCUCUCAAUGUCACCAAUCACGAGAAGGAAUCGAAAUAUAGUUUUGACAAAGUAUUUGGACCACAAGCAACUCAGGCUGCAGUAUAUGAAGAACUAGAUCAACUUGUUCAAAGCUCAUUGGAUGGUUUCAACGUAUGUGUGUUUGCUUAUGGACAAACUGGAUCAGGUAAAACUUACACCAUGGAAGGUCCUGAUGAUUAUUCAGAAGAAAAUUGUGGAAUCAUACCACGAGCUAUGAAACAGAUAUUCAUCAAAUGCCAAAAUCAGAAGAAACUGGGCUGGGAGUAUGAUCUGAAAGUAGAACAUGUUGAGAUUUAUUGUGAGAUUCUCCAAGAUUUGCUUAGGAGUGGAAAUAAUGCCGAAAAGCUUGACAUCAGAACCAAAGGGCCUUCUGGAGAAGCGAUGGUUUGGGUUCCGAACCUAUCUAGUCACUCAGUGACCAAAUAUGCUGAUAUUAUGAAACUCAUGGCAUUGUCAAAGCGCCGUCGUGCAACUGCACAAACUGCUGCGAAUGAUCAUUCAUCUCGUUCUCAUUCUGUCUUCAUGUUAAGAAUCACAGCAACGAAUGAAGCGACUGGACAAAAAACUGAAUCUGCCUUAAACUUGAUUGAUCUGGCUGGAUCUGAAAGAUGUGGCGACACGGGAGCAACAGGACAACGUUUGAAAGAAGGAAAGAAAAUCAAUAGUUCUCUCACCGCACUUUCAUGUGUUAUAUCAGCACUUGCUAACAAGGAUAGUCAUGUUCCAUAUCGUAAUUCCAAGCUCACACUUUUACUGAUGAACAGUCUGGGUGGAAACAGCAAAACCCUGAUGGUUGUGAACAUCAACCCAUCCCCCACCUCCUCAUCAGAGACCGUCAACACCUUACGAUUCGCCACAACAGUGAAUCAAUGUAACAUUGGUACUGCACAGAAGGUCGUCAAAUUUUAAACUGUAUAAUAAUCCACAUGAAACAAAUUUAUUUUUAAGUGUUUUCGAAGUUUGAAUUCACAAAAGCUGAUGAAAGUAUUAGUGAUUACAAAGACACUGGCUAGAUUUGCUGCCAACUUUAGUUAUUCAAGAUACUUAUUAUUGUCAAAUAAAUAUGCUGUUGAAUAUUUUCAAUAAUAAAACAUAGGAACAUUUUUUAAUGAUGUUGUUCUUAUAAUGUUUGAUGUUAGUUUUCACUGCCAUAGGCAUGCUGCUCAGUAGUAAUAACUUGCGUUUAUUUCAAAAGGUGUAUCUAAGUUUCCAUUUUUGGAACAAUUUAGAUGUUGUGUGAGGCUUGUUCUCAUUAAAUUGUGUUCCUGCAAUUUUGAUGUAGUCAAGAAUUUGUUGAGACUUAUCUGAAUGGUUGGUGACCUUCUGUCUCAUUCAUUUCGAUAUAUAUUAUCCAUUCCAUGAUAUUUCUAUUUUACACCAAAACACUGGUGUAGAUUCCAAAUUUUUCUUUUAUUGCUAAAAUACUCAAUUGUAAUAAAAAAAAUAAUGAUUUAUUUGAAUUCCUAAUUGUUAUUUGCCAUUCAUGAUUAAAAACGUUGCUUUGUUAUUCCACUGCCAGUUACCCCUCACUCACCAAGUAUUAUGCUUGGCAAUUCAUUAAUUUUGCAUGCUUUUGACUAUAGCAGUUGAAUUGUGGUGCGUCAAUGUAUCAAAACACUUUAGUUUUAUUUAAUGCAUUUCUAAUGAAACUCCCCGUGUAUUACAAUGUUAACGGCGAUUAUAUUUUUUAAUAUUCAGUUACUUUUAUCAUUGCUUGUGUACAGCUUUGUAUAAGAUUUGCUGCCAUGGAUCAAUUUGAUCAUCACGCAUGCAACUCAAAAUUGACACUGUAUGAUUCAGAGGAGAGUUCUGAUUGUUUUGUACCAAUGAGAGUUACCAAACCUAACCUAAUUUCAAAUAUUAUUAUAAAAUUUUUAAUUCCUAUAUUCAAAAGUUUGGAGGGGAAUUAAAAAUUUGAAACCCCUCUAUCGUGGUAUUGAAUCUCGCUUUCGGGGAAACAGCAUUUGGGCAGUCCUACCGAAAAACCCAUAUGGCUAAAGAGUCUGGAGUAUAGGACGUAUAAAACAAAUCUUCGUCUGGGCAUAGCCAUUGUAAUUUUAAACAAGCUCCCCAGCUCUGCCAUAGGCAGUACUUCUUAUAUAUCAUAUGCUUGGGACUUUGAACUAAUCCUAUACAUGUUUUAAACUGGUUAUGCCUGCAUAGAGGUUUUUUGGUCUGAUUUUCGUUUGAAAAUAGGCGAAAUUUCCCACAUGGAGCAGGGUGAAUAUAUUUUUUCGUGUGACGAUUGGCUUUUUUUUUGAAUCUCUUGUCUCUCUAAUUUUGAGGAGUAUUUUGUUAAUAAAGUUCAUCGAUAUAGAUAAAGUUG